AUGGCUACCUUCUCUGGUUCUUCCCCAUUUCUCUCCCACUCCCUAACAAGACCAAGCCACUUUUCUUCUUCUUCUUCUUCUUCAUCAUCACAGACGCCUCCUCCUGUUCCUCCACAAAAUCUGCCUUCACAACCACAUUCUCCAACACCAAUUCAGCAGCUCAGCACAACUUCAUCGGAGCAGCCGAAAACGCCAGUCUCAGUAAAAGCAGAGCAACAGAAAGCUGCCUCUUCUAGCAGCAGCACCAAGAGCACCAAGACCAAGGCUGACUCUACAGAUUGGAUAGCUUCGACGUUAACCAGGCGGUUUGGGAUUGGAGCUGGCCUUGCCUGGGCUGCCUUUCUCACAGUGGGCGUGGUCUCAGAACAAAUUAAGACCCGCCUUGAAGUCUCCCAACAAGAAUCAAACACAAGAAAUGUUGAGAAAGAAGAAGAGGUGGUGCUACCUAAUGGCAUAAGAUACUACGAGUUAAGAGUUGGUGGGGGGGCUUCUCCAAGGGCAGGAGACUUGGUGGUGAUCGAGCUCAAGGGGAAAGUGGAAGGCAGUGGACAAGUGUUUGUGGAUACAUUUGAGAGAGAGAAGAAGCCUUUGGCUCUGGUAGUUGGGUCCAGGCAGCCCUACAGCAAGGGAGUGUGUGAAGGGAUAGAAUAUGUGCUCAGAUCCAUGAAGGCAGGGGGCAAAAGAAGAGUGCUUGUUCCUCCAAGCUUGGGCUUCGGUGAGAAUGGUGCAGAUUUAGGUCCUGGUCUGCAAAUUCCUCCGUUUGCAACUCUAGACUACAUUGUUGAGGUCGGUAGAGUCUCGAUUGCACCCGCAUGA